AGGAAUACAAUAUAAACCUAUAACAACCAACUUAAAUCUGUCAAAAGACCAAUGAAUAACACAUGUACAUGUAGAAUAAUAAUUUACUUGGAUAGCAAAACAUUAUUAGAGCUGGAUAAUUACUAUAAGCUGUUUGUGGACGGGCUUCUGGAAAAGCUGAAAUCUCUUCAUCUCUCGUUUUUGUUGUUAUUAUCUUAUUCGAAAGAAGCUUAUUUAACAAAGAAGAGAGUGGUCAAAGGUCAAAUUGUUUUUAUUGAUUGAAGGACGAGAAAAUAUAAUAACAAUAUUGAAAUAGUCAAUUAAUUAUUACAAGGAAAAUAAAAAGAUAAAAUAUAGAAAGUAAUAAAAGCAAUGGUUUGUUAUCUUAUCAAAAUUGCUACAAUUGAAUUAGGCUGACAUAAUGUAAUAUUUUAUGUUAAAGUCAUUCAAUAUUGGAAUGUAGAAACUCAUUGUAGAGUGAUUUCUUAUAUAUGGCUAAAAAAGUUGAGUGGCUGUACGGAAAACUUACCAUUGAGCCUAUAGUGCUAAUCAUUAAUUAUACAGAAAUUCAUAUUUGAUAUUCUACGCAUUUUAUAAAAACCGGUAGACUUUGAAAGUUGGAAAGCCAUAUAGUUAAUAAUUGGUAAAAGUCUUAAGGUAAGGAAGCAUUGAAAAGUUAGAGACAAUGGUGAAGAAAGUAGAGGUUGAGAGGUUGGAGGAUAAAUGUUUAAAUUAUUUGGGUAAGAAUACAUAUAUCCUACACGCCUAUAAGAUGAUGACUCCUAAUUUCUACCUCCGAUGGAAUUUGGCCGAUUCUAUAUUUGAGACAAUAGAUAUGAUAGAGAAUGGUAUCAAUGAAAAGCAUCUAAAAUUAUUCAAAAGUAAACGAAGUUGCCUUACAAGGGUUGAGAUGAAUGCAAGAUUUAUUAGUAAGAAAUCAUUGAGAAAUCUAUUAAAGAAUCAUCAUCUAGAAUUAGUGAAUAUUAGUGGAGUUGAUGAAUUUCCAAUAAGUGAAUGGUUACAAUAUAUCGAAACUGAAUAUUUAAGAUUUUUAUCAAUAAGAAAUUGUCGCCUAUUCAACAAUAGAAAGAGAGAAUUAAGCUGUAUUAAAAAUUUCACCAAUUUAAGAACAUUGAGAUUAGUAUCAAUCCCUUUUCAUAAUCAGGAUUUAAAGGAUAUAAUAAAUUAUAUACAAUUAAUUAAAUGUUUGGAAUUAACUGGAACGAGCGUCACCGAUAUACAACCAGUAUGCCAAUUGCCAAAAUUGAAAAUAUUUAUACAAACCUAUUAUCCGGCCAGUUUCAACUUGGAACAAAUUAUAACGUUAAAACCUUUAAAGAGUCUAACUAUUGCAAAUGAUCCAACGGUAGAGGUCAACAGUUAUUCAAUCUUUGAUAUUCUUCUACAAAGAAUAUUUUGGCCUGAAUUAGAAUAUCUAGACAUUUCUGGCAAAUGGAAAUGUAACGCCUUUAUUAUGGAACCUUUCCUCAAAAGACAUACAAAAUUGUUAUGCCUUGGAUUAGUUGGCGUUCAAUUUACAAGACCUUUUGAAUAUCCUUCAAAAAUUGAGAUAUUUGGUACUGCUAAUCUAUUAUUUCUAUUAAAUGGUUUAUCGGCUUGCGAAAGGGACGAAAGACGAAUAUUUUAUCUAUUAGAUUUCUUUAGGAAAUCUUAUACAUUUGUUCUUGAAGGAAAUUAUCCAAUCUUAUUUAUUAAUUUCUUUAAAUCUUUCAAGAAUCUUAUUUAUAAUUGUUGGGAUUUUCGAUGGCAUAAGGAUUCUCUAAAUAGAUUAAUUACACUUUGUAUUAAAUACUCUAAAAAAAUACUUAUUGAUAAAUUUCAAUCUAUUCCUAAUCAUGAAAUCUCCAGUUUAGUUUCCGCUUGCAUUAAAACUCUUGAACGGUUGAAUUGUUGUUAUACUACUUUUGAAUUUGUUAAAUUACUAUACAAUAGUGAAUUUCGUAUAUUGAAGAAUGCUCAAAUUAAUAAUUUUGCAACUUUAAAAAUAUUAUUCAAUUUCUUGCAAAAUGUUUAUGAUAAUACGUUUUCUUCUUGGAAAAACUCUUACCUUCGGGAGGCUCACAGAAAAUGUAAUGACGUCAUAACUUAUAUUUUUAAACAUAUAUCUGAACAAGAAAUAAAUGAUAUUUUAGAAAAAAAUCAAAUUCCAGUAUUGAAAAAAUUUGAUAAAGAAAAUCCAAAUUUUUUCUUAUCGAAUAUAAAAUUAAUAACGGCAUGGAAACUAGGUCAUAAAAGGGUAAUUCAUGUUAUAGGAUUACAUAAUCAAUGUCUUGAAGCUUAUAAGGAUGCUAUUAAAUUUUUCUAUCAAGAAACAAAUUCAUCUGGGCCAGCAGAUAGAAAAAUAUGCUAUCUAUUAAUACUUAUUAAUAAAUAUUUCGAUGAUGAAAAUUGGUUAAAAUUUUUUAACGAGGAAUUUUCAAGUUUCGUUUCAAUUAAACUAAAAAAUUCGGAGAAAGAAGCAACUGCUAGUUUAUCUAUUGAAAUUAUUUGGAAUGUUCUAUUUAGAGGUAUAUUAAAGAAAGAUAUUAAAAAGAAAAAAUCAAGAUCUCAUUGGCCUCAAAUUAUUAUAAAUAUGUUAAUUGGAUUUGAAAAAUGGCGUAAUAAACAAUUAAAAGCUCCAACUGUUGGUGAAUCAAUUUGGUGUAGUAUGAAAUCUUAUUGCCUACACGACGAUGAUGGUAGAUUAUUUACAAAUAUUGAAUGGAUAAUUGAUAAUUGUAUUCAAACUUUACAAGAAGAGUUUGGUAAAGACGUACUGGAUGAAUUAAGAGAAGCAAAAUUUUCGUAUGGAUUAGAAUGGUAAAAAUGGUAAACUAAAUCUAUUUAUACAAAUAUACGUUGGAAAAUCUAGAUAAAUACACUUUUCUUUUUUGAACAGUUAUAUAUCGUUCAUUUAUGUAUUAUAAUAUAUAUAUAUAUACUGUAUAUUGUAUUCUAUACAUCCGAAUACAUCC